UUUAAUGAAAGUUGAUGAUCUUUUCGAUAGAACUCUGUCAAAGCUGUCUAACAAUUAGUUAUUAAGCGCUUCAAAUACAAAUACCAUUUAACAAAAAUCAACAACAAACUCAAUUAAGUUAAUGAAAACACAAUUAUAUUUAACGAAAUGUAUAUGUUUUAUACAAAUUACAAUUAUUUUUAUCGAGUCUUUUGCGGCUUUAUUUAAAUCUGAGUUUUAAAACAUAAAAAUAAAAAACGAAAACAAUAACACCCAUCCCUUACAAGACGAAAACGACUUCAGUUUGCGUUUGAAAUAAGAAAACAGCAUAUACAAUUCAUUUUUGUUCAAUAAAAAUAUAUUUAACUAAAUACUUGACGUGUCUCUUUCAAUAUUCGGGUUAGGAUGUUGUCGGUUUUGAGGAGCUCACUGAGUAGGGUGAACCUUCAUCUGCACUCCAUUCUGCUGGCCAGGUGUAAGUCCACCAAGGAGGGCAAGACAGCUCUGAUCAUUUUGGCGCCGGGGGCUGAGGAAAUGGAGUUUACUAUAUCUGCCGAUGUCUUAAGGAGAGGAAAAAUCGAUGUCACUAUAGCUGGUUUAGACAACUGCGAACCUGUCAAGUGCUCCCGCUCAGUAGUAAUCGUCCCAGAUACUUCGCUUGAACAGGCUGUGAACCAAAAGACCUAUGAUGUUAUUGUCCUGCCAGGUGGAUUAGCUGGCAACAAGGCAUUGAUGAACUCCACUGCCGUUGGUGAUUUGCUUCGAUGCCAGGACUCAAAAGGUGCAUUGAUUGCUGCCAUUUGUGCUGCUCCCACAGCGCUGGCCAAGCACGGAAUUGGAAAAGGAAAAUCCAUUACAUCGCAUCCGGAUUUAAAGACUCAACUAAUGAAGGAUUACUGCUAUAUUGACGACAAGACUGUAGUCCAGGAUGGAAAUCUUAUUACUAGUCGUGGCCCUGGCACUACUUUUGACUUCGCCUUAAAGGUUAUCGAACAACUGGUUGGAGUUGAUAUGGCCAAGGAGGUGGCCAAGGCAAUGCUUUGGACAUACAAAUGUUAACGGAAAUUUACGUAUAAAGACAAAUAUUUGGACUUAAAAAAGGGUGCAGUUAUUAAAUUCCAAGCUUAAACUUUAAAAAGUUACCAAAAUUAAUUCUUUAAAUAUCAUUUUUGAUAUCAAUUUUUUUUGUUAGAGAACAGAUAGUAAAUAAUAAA